GCAUGGUUGCCUGGUUUCGCUAUUUAAGGACCAAAUCUUUGGGAUUUGCAUUAUUUAUUUUUUGGGUUUCAGUUUGCAUGGCCAGAAACAAAAGCUUUGUCCACCCACCGAAAGUCUAUAUCCUGAUAAUCAUCGUCGUCGCUGCAUAUAUUCAUAUAUAUUCUGAAUUGGAGAUUUUUCUCCAAAUUUCGUGACCACAGCCUAAAAUAUCGGUUGGCCAACUUGCUCGCUCGUCUCCAUAUGGCCAGGCUAGCUUUGCGCUUUCAAUGUGUGAGCUUUACAAUAGCAGGGUCAGUGUCACAUUUUGUUGAUGCACCGUGAACGAGGAUUCUUCUCAAGAGAUCCGCAUUGUGCAGGAUAAUCCGGAAAACCAAACAAAUGAUAUGAUUAGCGCGUACCAUUGCUGGAAAAAUAGUGGGUGUUAGUCCUCUUGCUUCAAGUGGUUAAGCAUGGAAGAUAUGCGGAAGUAUAUGAACUAGAAGAGCAAAUCACCAUCUGAAUGUAUAUGCGCGAUCUCUUGGUUUGGUCCAGGUCACUUUGUGAAGGUGAAGAAUUCGAGUGGUUAAAGCAUGCUCAAUAUAUUGAGUCCUAACAAUUUGUUGGACAAAACAUAGUUAUGCGAGGGAACAAGUAUGACUCCAGUCCCGUGACACCCAGAACUAGAUUGGAAAGGCUUCUGAGGGAAAGAGAGCUAAGAAAAUCUAGCCGUUUUUCCCAUCCUAGUGCAGAGGCAACAGAUGUUAACAAAGAGGCAGAGCUCCCUGCCAAUGACCCAUGUUCAGCUGAGGGUGAUCAUUCAGGUCUACCUAAUGAGGAAGAGCUCUUGGAAGGGGUUGCAGCUGCAAGAGCUUUUGCCGAUGGAUGUCAAAAGCAAGAUGUUCGGCCUACUAAACAACGUUUAUUGGUGGUUGCCAAUAGGUUACCGGUCUCUGCUACCAGAAGGGGCGAGGGCUUGUGGCAACUUGAGAUGAGUGUUGGGGGGUUAGUCAGUGCCCUUUUGGGACUGAAGGAGUUUGAUGCCAGAUGGAUUGGUUGGGCUGGUGUAAAUGUACCCGAUGAUGUUGGACGAAGAACACUUACUAAUGCCUUGGCUCAAAAGAGGUGCAUCCCAGUAUUUCUUGAUGAGGCGAUGGUUCAUCAAUAUUACAAUGGUUAUUGUAACAACAUCUUAUGGCCUCUUUUUCAUUAUCUUGGGCUUCCACAGGAAGACCGCCUUGCGACCACCCGUAGUUUCCAAUCUCAAUUUGAUGCAUAUAAGAAGGCAAACCAAAUGUUUGCUGAAGUGGUGAACCAACAUUAUGAGGAGGGAGAUGUUGUUUGGUGCCAUGAUUAUCACCUAAUGUUUCUUCCAAAAUGUCUAAAAGAAUAUAACAACAACAUGAAAGUUGGUUGGUUUCUUCAUACUCCCUUUCCCUCCUCUGAAAUACAUAGGACACUGCCUUCUCGAUCAGAGCUGUUGAGAUCUGUUCUUGUUGCAGAUUUAGUUGGUUUCCACACGUAUGAUUAUGCAAGGCAUUUUGUAAGUGCCUGCACUCGCAUUCUUGGGCUUGAGGGUACACCUGAAGGAGUAGAGGAUCAAGGAAAGCUUACACGUGUAGCUGCGUUUCCUAUUGGGAUAGAUUCUGAACGAUUUAUUCGAGCUCUUGAACUGCCUCAAGUUAAGGAUCACAUGAAAGAACUGAAACAAAGAUUUGCUGGCCGAAAGGUAAUGUUGGGGGUUGAUCGUCUCGAUAUGAUUAAAGGAAUUCCCCAAAAGAUUUUGGCUUUUGAAAAGUUUCUUGAAGAAAAUCCACACUGGCGUGAUCGGGUAGUUUUGUUGCAGAUCGCAGUGCCAACAAGGACAGAUGUUCCAGAGUAUCAAAAGCUUACAAGCCAGGUUCAUGAGAUUGUUGGACGCAUUAAUGGAAGAUUUGGAACUCUGACUGCAGUUCCAAUACAUCAUCUGGAUCGAUCUCUUGACUUUCAUGCAUUAUGCGCACUCUAUGCUGUUACUGAUGUAGCACUUGUAACAUCUUUAAGGGAUGGAAUGAACCUUGUCAGCUACGAGUUUGUUGCGUGCCAAGCAUCCAAGAAAGGAGUUCUCAUUCUGAGUGAGUUUGCAGGUGCAGCACAGUCUCUUGGAGCUGGGGCUAUUUUGGUAAACCCAUGGAACAUCACUGAAGUUGCAUCUUCCAUUAGCUAUGCUUUAGAUAUGCCAGCAGACGAAAGAGAAAAAAGGCAUCAGCAUAACUUUAAGCAUGUGACAACUCACACAUCUCAAGAAUGGGCUGCAACCUUUGUAAGUAAUUUAGAUCAACUUUUGCUACAACUGAGGUCUUACAGGAUUAGUUACCAAAAAAAAAAAAAAAAAGAAUUUUUCCCCUUUUGUGGUCCUCUGUUGAUGAGAAGUGAACUCAAUGAUACCAUUGUUGAAGCUCAACUUAGGACAAGACAGGUUCCACCAUUACUUCCAAUGAAAGAUGCAGUAGAUUGUUACUCGAAAUCCAAUAAUAGAUUGCUAAUACUAGGAUUCAAUUCUACCUUAACUGAAUCAGUGGAUGCUCUUGGGAGAAAUGGUCAAUUAAAAGAAAUCGAGCUUAAACUGCACCCAUAUAUAAAAGAGCCUUUAAAGAAGCUUUGUGAUGACCCAAAGACAACAAUUGUUGUCCUUAGCGGAAGUGACAGAACUAUCUUGGAUGAUAACUUCAAUGAAUACAACAUGUGGUUGGCAGCAGAAAAUGGUAUAUUUUUGCGUCCUACAAUGGGAGAAUGGAUGACAACAAUGCCUGAAAAUUUAUACAUGGAUUGGGUUGAGAGUGUAAAGCAUGUUUUUGAGUAUUUUACUGAAAGAACACCUCGAUCUCAUUUUGAGCUUCGAGAAACUUCCCUUGUAUGGAACUACAAGUACUCAGAUGUUGAGUUCGGAAGGAUUCAAGCAAGGGAUAUGUUGCAGCAUCUUUGGACAGGUCCCAUCUCUAAUGCAUCAGUUGAUGUUGUCCAAGGCAGCCGGUCUGUUGAGGUCCGAGCAGUUGGUGUUACGAAGGGUGCAGCUAUUGAUCGUAUCUUAGGAGAAAUAGUUCGAUAUAAAGGCAUGAAGUCACCCAUUGAUUAUGUCCUGUGUGUUGGGGACUUUCUAACAAAGGAUGAAGAUGUUUAUACAUUUUUUGAGCCUGAGCUUCCUUCUGAAUCGCCACCCGCAGCAAGAGGCAUGCUAGCCAGCCUUGUCAGGGCAUCUGUGCCAAAGAUUCCAGCCAGUAAAAGUGUAUCCAAGUCAUCUCGCCUCAAGAAACAGCGUUCAAUGUCUACUUUAGAAAAGAGAGCAAUCAGUCACGGAAAUGAGAUUGUUUUGCAGCCUAUAAAGCAAGAUAGAAAGUCAAUGCGUGAGGGUUCUUCAGUACUUGAUCUCAAAGGUGACAAUUACUUCUCUUGCGCUGUUGGGCGAAAGAGAUCAAAUGCUCGUUAUCUCCUUGGAUCAGCCGAUGAUGUUGUGACUCUCCUAAAGGAACUGGUGCAGUGUCCACCAUCUAGCUGAUCACAUUGUGCCGACUGCAAUUAUUGCUGUGAAUCUGAAGGUUGAGAUGCUUGGGCAUGGUUAUGUUGUGGUGGUUGCCUGAUUUCCUCAUACAUGUGCAUAUAUCAAUCUCUUCGUCUACGGUGUCUAAGCUGCUAUAUAUUUUUUCUUGGUCCACAUAAGUUCAAGUUUUACUAAGUAUAGGAGCAUCAAGAUGAGCUUGAACAAAUUACAUUGAUACAAGAAAUAUUCAGACGAUUUUUUUCAUACAACACAAGAAACAAGAAAAGAAGAGAGGUUACAGGCUUGGUCACCACUUUCCAUGCAUAGAGAACAUUCUGUGCCUAAACAUCGAACCCCCCCCCCCCCCCCCCCCCCUUUUUUUUUUUGGUCUUGGAGAU